CCGGCGUCCAUCGGUUCCCACGGCAACAGUACGACUCAACAGUACGGCCCGGGGGUGUCCUGGCCGCUAUGUGCGCCCCAGUGGACCCUCGUGUUGCCCGGCGAUACCUGCUCAGGCGGCGGCUUGGGAAGGGGGCCUAUGGCAUUGUGUGGAAGGCAGUGGACCGGAGAACAGGUGAGGUCGUGGCCAUCAAGAAGAUCUUUGAUGCUUUUAGGGAUAAGACAGAUGCCCAGGACACGGGCUUCCUUCUUGCUCCAUCCACCCAGACACCUGUGUUUCUGUCUCUUCAGAGAACAUUCCGGGAAAUCACACUCCUCCAGGAGUUUGGGGAGCAUCCCAACAUCAUCAGCCUCCUUGACGUGAUCCGGGCACAGAACGACAGGGACAUUUACCUGGUGUUUGAGUGCAUGGAGACGGACCUGAACGCCGUCAUCCGGAAGGGCGGGCUGCUGCAGGACGUCCACGUGCGCUGCAUCUUCUCCCAGCUCCUGCGGGCCACCCGGUUCCUCCACUCGGGGCACAUCGUGCACCGGGACCAGAAGCCGUCCAAUGUGCUCCUGGAUGCCAACUGCACGGUGAAGUUGUGCGACUUUGGCCUGGCCCGCUCCCUCAGAGACCUCCCCGAGGGGCCUGAGGGCCAGGCCUUGACAGAGUAUGUGGCCACACGCUGGUACCGGGCUCCGGAGGUGCUGCUGUCUUCACACCGGUACACCCUUGGGGUGGACAUGUGGAGUCUGGGCUGUAUCCUGGCGGAGAUGCUGCGGGGGAAGCCCCUGUUCCCGGGCACAUCCACCCUCCACCAGCUGGAGCUGAUCCUGGAGACCAUCCCACCACCCUCCGAGGAGGACCUCCUGGCUCUCGGCUCAGGCUGCCGUGCCUCUGUGCUGCACCACCUGGGGUCCCGACAACACACGGCAGCCCACAGGCCACGGCGGACGCUGGAUGCCCUCCUGCCGCCAGACACCUCCCCAGAGGCCUUGGACCUCCUCAGGCGACUCCUGGUGUUUGCCCCGGACAAGCGGUUAAGCGCAACCCAGGCACUGCAGCACCCCUACCUGCAAAGAUUCCACUGCUCCAGCGAUGAGUGGGCACGAAAAGAGGAUGUGCAGCUCCAGGUGCACGAAGGGCUCCAGCUCUCUGUGCCUGAGUACCGCAGCCGCGUCUACCAGAUGAUCCUGGAGCGCGGAGGCAGCAACUGCACCUCAAGAGAGAAGGGCCUGGAGGGCGUCACCCCAGGGGUGGAGCCCAGGGCCUCCCCAUCCCAGGCACACCUGUGCAAGCCCAGAGCCAACCCUCAGCUGUCUUCGGGGACACCUGUGCAGGGCCCCAGACCCAGGCCUCAGAGUGGCCUGGGCCACGACCCCCCAGAGCACGAGUGCCCCCGUGUAGCCAAGAACAUUCCCAGGCAGAGCUCCACUCCCCUGCUCCAAGCUGCACCCCUAGGGAGGGGGGAAAGGCCCCCUGGGGCAAAGGCAGAGCCCCCCUUGACACUCUCCCUGGUGAAGCCAAGUGAGAGGGGAGCAGCGUCCUCCCUGACCUCACAGUCUGUGGCUCAGGUGGCCAACCAGGCCCUGAUCCGGGGUGAUCGGAACCGGGGCGGUGGGGUGAGCAUGGCCCCAGGCUGCCCCCUCCCCCAUCCUCCUUUUCCCCUCCUUUUCGCUCCCUUCCCCAUCCUUUCCAUUGCCCCUCCGUUGUCCAGUUCGCAUCCUUUGAGGUCCUCAAGGCCUCCCCUUCGCUGCACCCCCUCUGACACUUCCCCUUAUGUGACUCUCGACUGUAUGCAGGUCCCUCCCCGGCCCGGCAGGAGGAUGUUCUGCACGUCUGCCUCGCAGGGGGCUCAGGGGGCUGCCAGGGCUUUGCUUGGAGGCUACUCUCAAGCCUAUGGGACCGUCUGCCACUCGGCACUGGGCCACCUGCCUCUGCUAGAGGGGCACCGCGUGUGAGCCACCCUACUCCCUUCAUCUGGCCCUGUUCCUGCCCCAGCACCUUUCCCGGACCCUCCCGGUCUCCUGCACCCCUUAGCCCUCCCUGCUUUGCCUGGCCAUGUUGAAGUUCCAGGGAGCUUGCCUGGGUCUCCUUGGGGGAGGUGAGGGCCCUGCCCCAGCCCCAGUAACUUCCUCCAAUACACUCAUGUCUGCCCCCAA